GUGGCUGCCUCGGAGAAGAAGCAAUGGCUGACACCGGCUCCAAAACCGAUAUUAGAAAUUCACUGACAAAGCCCGCAGGAUGGCUGAGUUUGGUCACAUUCGCCGUUCUAAGUUUAGCAUGUGUUGCUGGCUUCAGCUCUAGAUUGUUUGCGGUGAUUAGAUUCGAGAGCAUCAUCCAUGAAUUCGAUCCUUGGUUCAACUACAGGGCGACCCAUCACAUGGUUGCAACCAACUUCUAUGAUUUCCUCAACUGGUUUGAUGAAAGAGCAUGGUACCCUCUUGGCCGUAUUGUGGGUGGAACAGUGUACCCAGGUCUGAUGGUGACCUCUGGAAGCAUCCACUAUGUUCUCAGCCUCCUCAACAUCCCAGUUCACAUCAGAGACAUCUGCGUGUUCUUGGCUCCCAUGUUCAGUGGACUGACAGCCCUUGCCACCUAUUUUUUCACAAAGGAACUAUGGACUCCAGGUGCUGGAUUGUUUGCAGCUUGCUUCAUCGCAAUAGUGCCUGGUUACAUCAGUAGGUCUGUGGCUGGUAGCUAUGACAAUGAGGGUAUCGCUAUAUUUGCUCUCAUGUUUACAUACUACCUAUGGAUUAAAGCAGUGAAAACAGGUGCCAUAUUCUGGGGAGCCCUUACUGCAUUAUCAUACUUUUACAUGGUGUCUGCAUGGGGAGGCUAUGUGUUCAUUAUCAACCUUAUCCCAUUACAUGUCUUUGUCCUGCUGCUCAUGGGCAGAUUCUCAAGGAGAAUUUAUGUUGCAUAUAACACAUUCUACAUCUUGGGGACAAUUCUCUCCAUGCAGGUUCCCUUUGUUGGCUUCCAACCUCUUAAAACCAGUGAACACAUGGCAGCUGCUGGUGUAUUUGCUCUGCUACACGCAUAUGCUUUCCUACAAUAUGUACAAGGGGUCCUCACAAAGUCUGAGUUCCGCUAUUUCUUCCUGUUCGCAAUUGUAGCCGCAGCUGGCCUUGUAUUCCUAGCUGUAGUGGGCCUCACCUGGGCAGGUGUUGUAGCCCCCUGGAGUGGCAGGUUCUACUCACUAUGGGACACGGGUUAUGCAAAAAUUCACAUUCCAAUCAUAGCAUCAGUAUCCGAGCACCAGCCUACAACUUGGGUCUCGUUCUUCUUUGACCUGCACAUCCUAAUUUGUGUCUUCCCUGCUGGCGUUUGGUUCUGUAUUAAAAACAUCAAUGAUGAGCGGGUAUUUAUUGUGCUGUAUGCUGUGAGUGCUGUAUAUUUUGCUGGUGUCAUGGUGCGUCUAAUGUUGACCCUAACUCCAUGUGUCUGCGUGCUGGCAGCCAUUGCAUUCUCAAAGACAUUUGAAAUCUAUCUCAAAGAUGAUACCACCAAGUCCAACGUAGAAGAAGAGAAACAAGAGAAAAAUAGCCAAUACUAUGAUAAAGUGCAACCAGGCAAAAAACAGAGAAUACGGGAGGACAGGCCUAAAGAUGCCGAGGGUAUUGGGAUGAACAUAAAGAGUAUUAUCAUCAUAUGUCUACUGAUGAUGCUCAUGUUGUUUGCCGUCCAUUGUACAUGGGUCACCAGUAAUGCCUACUCUAGUCCUAGCAUUGUAUUAGCCUCAUAUGGAAAUGAUGGGACUAGGAACAUAUUAGACGACUUCAGGGAAGCAUACUAUUGGCUGCGUCAGAACACAGAUGACAAGGCCAGAGUGAUGUCAUGGUGGGAUUAUGGCUACCAGAUAGCUGGAAUGGGCAAUAGGACUACACUGGUGGAUAAUAACACAUGGAAUAAUAGCCACAUAGCUAUGGUUGGUAAAGCUAUGUCAUCUAAUGAGACUGCUGCUUAUGACAUCAUGCGACUGUUAGAUGUCAACUAUGUCCUCGUCAUCUUUGGUGGCGUAAUUGGCUACUCAGGAGAUGACAUCAACAAGUUCCUUUGGAUGGUGAGGAUCGCUGAGGGAGAACACCCUCGUGAUAUCAAGGAGUCCGAUUACUUCACCCCCCAGGGAGAGUUCCGUGUCGAUUCAUCUGGCUCAAAAACUUUAUUGAACUGCCUCAUGUAUAAAUUAAGUUACUAUAGAUUUGGAGAAUUACAGUUAGACUUCCGUACACCACCAGGUUAUGAUAGAACCAGGGGAGUCGAGAUAGGCAACAAAAAUAUCAAACUUACUCAUUUAGAAGAGGCAUACACUACAGAGCAUUGGCUAGUUAGGAUAUAUAGAGUCAAAGACCUGUCUAAUAGAAUUGAAGCUACAUUCUCUGACACUAAAGCUAAAAAACCAAAAGUUAAAUAUUCAAGAAAGACAUCUAAAAAGAAGAGGGGGUCUCUAAAACACAAACCUAAAGUUGUUCCAGGAAAGAAACCAACCAAAAAGACUAAAACUAAAAGCAAGAAAAACUAGGUCAUAUGUAACAUAGAUUUUUAAUUGUUGGUUAUUUUUGUUUCCAUGCUCUCAUGAAUGUUGUUUGGUUGUAUAUUUCCUUAUAUGGUCAUCAUUGUAUUAAUUCAUACAUUCUCAAAGUAUCAUGUUGAAAAACUGUGUGAAGGUUUCAUUUGUGUGAAAGAUUCAGCCUGAACAUGUAAAUAGUAGAGUAUUUUAUAAAUUAUGUAUAGGAAGUUAUUGUUAUUACUACAUGUAAAUGUAAGUUCAAAAUAUUUCAUCAAUUGGCAUGAUUCUUUUUAUCACUGGCCGCAUUUGAUGUAAGCUGCCUUCAGUGGUUAAUGUAUUAUUAUAUAGAUG